AUGACUGAAUCAUCAUCCAGCAAACCAUCAUCAUCUUCAUUUACACCUCUUCGUGAACACAGUGCAAAUGGUGAUAUUCCAACUUUAUAUAGUACAUUCCACAAACAAUCUAUACAAAAAUCCAUUGACGAAAAACAAAAAUUAGGUGAAAUUCCGACCCGUGCUGUAAAACAAAAUUCCUUCCAAAAACUUCUUUCCCACAUUCCUCCUAUUAAAUAUAGAUUUGGCCGUGAAGCUUUCAAGUUUGGUUGGUAUUUGUUGUAUCCUUUCGGAGUUGUUUUUGCCAUUUCCCAACCAGCUAUCAAGGAGUGGAUUGUUUCUAAAAUGCCUGAAACUAAAUCCUACAUGGAUAAUUGGCAAUCUUCACAAAGUCAAGAAGAAGUUGAUUUGGCCAAGAAUAUGCAACAAGUUGAACUUGGUAAUGCCAGUAACUAUAAUUUGUAUUGGCAAGAAAAAACAAAGAAUGACGAAAGAGUCAAAAAGUUCUUGGAAAUGCAAAGAGGAAGAGUUGAAAAGGAUAUGGAUAGAAAUGAUUAA